AUGGCGAAGGAGGGAGAUGCUGUCCCUUCGGUUGUCUUCAAGUGCCGCGUGCGUGACAACUCGAUGACCAACACGGCCAACCCCUUCACCUGGAAGGACGUGAAGAGCGAGGAUCUGUUCAAGGGCAAGAGGGUCGUUGUCUUCGCUCUCCCUGGAGCCUUCACUCCCACCUGCUCCAGCACCCACCUGCCCGGGUACGAGAAGCACUACGACGAGAUCAAGAAGUGCGGAGUCGACGAGGUCUACUGCUUGUCUGUCAACGAUGCCUUCGUCAUGCGCCAGUGGGGCCUUGCCCAGGUUGGAAACUUCAAGAAGGUCAAGCUCCUUCCUGACGGCGCCUGCUUGUUCACCCGCGGAAUGGGAAUGAGCUGCGUCUGGGACUCUGAGAGAGGAUUCGGAGAGCGAUCCUGGAGGUACAGUGUCGUCAUCAAUGACAUGAAGGUCGAGAAGAUCUUCGUCGAGGCUGGACAAGUGAACCAGAACUCCGGCCCCGAUCCCUUCGAGGUGUCUGACGCCGGUACCAUGCUCGGGUACCUCCAGUCUGCCAAGAAGUGA